UGUUUUGAAAAAACAAGUGUUGAUUUCUGCUUUGUAGAUAUUUCCAGAAUUAAUAACAAUACCCCUAAGUUUAACUCUAAACUCAAGAGUGAAGAUUUUCUAUACUCCACUCCUGAUUAACUUCAUAAAAUCUACGAGAAAACCCCAAGAUGCCACAAGCUCGGCGCAAAACACCCUUCAGUGGAAAAGCUAAAAAACAGCAGCUCCAAGCCAAAAAGAAUAAAACAUUGAUCAUGAACACAUCGUCUGGAACUAACUCCUACGACGUGGUGUCAGUCAACUACCAACCGAAUCGUUCAAAGGGACGCGGGGAUGCCAACCGGUAUGCUCUCAAGUUCUACCGGGAGUCUGACGAAGAACUCCGGAUGAAGAAGGAAGAUGCAUUAAAGUCCUUAAAUCCAGUGUCAGAGAAAGAGAUGGAGAUAGACCCAACAGAUUUCUUCCCUAAGGAAAUAUCAUUCCCCAAGAGACCACCUUGGGACUUCAGUAUGACACCCGCACAGCUGGAUGCCCAGGAACAGAAAUAUUUCAGGGAAUACAUCCAAGCGCUCCAAGCCACGCCGCACUGGAAAGAAAUGUCAUAUUUCGAGCUGAACCUGGAAACAUGGCGGCAACUGUGGCGAGUGUUGGAAAUGUGUGACAUUCUGUUGCUUAUCGUAGAUGUUAGAUAUGCUGGCAUGAUGUUCCCACCCUCCCUCUACGAAUACGUAGUGAAUGAACAGAAGAAGAACAUGAUCCUCGUCCUUAACAAGAUAGAUUUGGUGCCGGCUUCGGUGGUGGCUGCGUGGAAGCAAUACCUGGUUAAUAGAUGUCCUGAGCUGCGUGUGGUGUACUUCACUUCCUGUCCAGGGUACAACCUGGCUGGUGCCACGAGCGACAAAGCUGGUCUCAAUGUGCGCCGGCGCAAGGGUCGACAGCGUAUGUGCGCAGAGGGCGCCACAAAAAUUCUAGAAGCUUGCAAAGACAUCGUCAGCGGGGAAGUGGACUUGUCUUCUUGGGAAAAGAAGAUAAAAGAAGAAACCAAUGUGGAGUUUGAAGAUGAUGAGACUGAAGUUGGUGAGACCAUUCUAGAAAAAUCAGACACAACAUUCUACACGCAUGAAAGAUACAAGAAUGGCAUACUUACAAUAGGAUGUGUAGGUCAACCGAAUGUUGGCAAAUCUUCACUCAUGAACGCCAUAAUGGGGAAGAAAGUCGUAUCUGUAUCAAAGACUCCUGGACACACUAAACACUUCCAGACUAUAUUCUUAACUCCAGAGGUGCGUCUGUGUGAUUGCCCGGGUCUGGUGUUCCCAUCCAAGGUGCCGCGUCCCAUACAAAUACUUAUGGGAUCGUACCCCAUAGCCCAACUGAGAGAGCCUUAUACCACCAUACGAUAUUUAGCAGAAAGGUUGGACUUGCCACGUUUGCUAAGGAUGGAUCAUCCAGAAAACGAUGACACGUGGUCUCCUAGAGAUAUAUGUGAUGGCUGGGCCAAGAAACGUGGCUACCUCACCGCCAAGGCAGCUAGGCUGGAUACAUACAGAGCAGCUAACAGCAUACUGAGGAUGGCGCUGGACGGAAAAAUAUGUCUUUGGUUGCGACCUCCCAACUUUACACAAGAAAGAGAGAAAUUCGAAACCUGUGAAGAAAUCAAAUACGUCAAAUGGGUGCAAGCUCUCACCAAGGAUGAAGACAUUCCAUCAUCAUCUAUUCCAUCAUCAGACACGGAUGAUAGGUCGGCCGAUGAUGACAGCUCGGCUGAUGAGAGUGAUAAUGAUGAAGAUGAUGAUAGUGAUGAUCGCACCGAGAUCGUGAACAAAUUCGCCGCAUUGGCUGGUGAUGAGUAGUUUUAUUUGGUGAUGAUCAAUUGGGUAUAUUCCUACUUUUGAAUCUGAUAAAUAUUAUUACUUUAUUAUAAACUAGGAUAGAAAUAAUGACGUACGCUGGAAAAAAUAUUAAAAUCCAACAAAGAUUUACAAAGUUACAGGCAUUUUAAUUUUGGAGUGGGAGGGUCUUCUAUCCCUUUCUCGCAAAACGAAAAUUUGUAUGAAACCGCACGAAGCUACUACGGCAUUAGUAAGGUGUGACGUCAAAAUUCUAUAUCGCUAUCUCUGUCUAAUGCUUAAAUGCUUAUAACUUAUUUGUUAUUUGAUCGAUUUAAUUAGUUUUUCAGUUUACGUCAUUAUUUUUAUCCUAGUUUAUAAUAAAGUAACAAAAAAAUUGGAGUAAAAUACCCAAUUUUAGUUUUCUUUUUUCGCAUUUCAAAUCUGGUUUAUGUAUUGACGAGACAUAAUUUCGUCGUCAUUUCAAGCAAUAGAGGUUCAAUUGCUAGGCAAGAGUCCAGUUUCCAUAGAACACGGUUCGCUUGAGGUCCCCCAUCGCGAUAGUGUGGGGUUUUCCAAUGCUGCGUUUUUCAGUGCAGGGUCGCCAUUAUAACAAUUUGGGACCCCCAACAUAGUAUCAGUACUUCUAUUGUAAUUUACGCUUAAUUUAAUGUUCCAAUGUUAACUAUUUAUCGUAAUUAUUAUUUUAAAAUAAAUGUUUACGCUUA